AUGUCGGGUCUCGCGCCCUCCAAUGUCGUGAUCAUUCACCCUGAUCUUGGUAUUGGUGGUGCUGAGCGAUUGAUUAUUGAUGUCGCCCUGGCCCUGCAGAAUCGCGGCCACCGUGUGACAAUCUACACCUCUUACCGCGACAAGGCCCACUGCUUCGAAGAGGCGCGCGAUGGCACCCUCGACGUCCGUGUUCGUGGGAAUACCAUCUUCCCUGCCCAUGUCUUCGGUCGCCUACACAUCCUCAUGGCAUCACUGCGCCAGCUACAUUUAACAUGGUCGCUUCUUACAGAGCUCGAGUCCCGCAAUGAACCAAGUCAGUUGAAGGACCAAUCGGAGGAUGUUCGUGAUGAUAUCUUCAUUGUUGACCAGCUGCCCGCCUGCGUACCAAUCAUCAAGACCUUUGCGCGGCCGCAAAAAUCUCGGACCCAACGAAUCCUCUUCUACUGCCACUUCCCCGAUCAAUUGCUCGCGCGCCGCAAUGAAGGCGGUUCUCUCCUCCGGCUUGCGAAGCUACUAUACCGGUUUCCAUUUGAUUGGUUCGAGGGAUGGGCGAUGAGUGCGUCCGAUCGUGUCGUUGCGAACUCCAACUUCUCAAAAGGCGUCGUGAAAUCGGUGUUUGGGACUGAGAAGCUUGGUGAUGUGGAGGUCGUCUACCCGUGUGUCGAUACGAACACUGGUCUUGCGACACCGGAGACCAAACCCGCGGAGGCGCUCUGGGGUGGGAAGAAGAUUUUGCUGAGUGUCAAUCGCUUCGAGCGCAAGAAGGAUAUGGCAUUGGCGAUUCGCGCUUACAAUGGACUUGGCGCGGAAAAGAGGAAAGGGACACGUUUGGUGAUCGCUGGCGGUUACGACAAUCGAGUCCAAGAGAAUGUCCAAUAUCACCAGGAGCUCCAGGAUCUCGCGAUGAGCUUCGGCCUUGAGAUUGCAACGGCGAAGACGGUCCCAUCAGCGCUUGCUAUCCCCGAUAACAUUGACGUCCUCUUUCUCCUCUCAGUCCCGACUACCUUCAAGAACACACUCUUGGCACAGUCCAAGCUUCUUCUUUACACUCCAAUUAACGAACAUUUUGGGAUCGUACCUGUCGAGGCGAUGCUCGCGGGUCUUCCUGUUCUAGCGUCCAAUACCGGUGGUCCCUUGGAAACAAUUGUCGAAGGUGAAACGGGCUGGCUCCGUGAUGCACACGCAAUUGAAGAGUGGACAGCCGUUAUGGACAAGGUGCUGUACGGAUUGAGUCAAAAAGAUGUCCAAAGGAUGGCUAAGGCUGGCAAGGCGAGAGCGGAGCAGGAAUUUUCGCUCACUGCCAUGGGCGGCAGACUGGAGGAGGAGAUCUCGGCCAUGUUGACAGCCGAGAGACGUCCCUUCCGCGGUUGGCAGCAGGUCCUGGUCUUGCUGGCUCUUGCCGGCGCUUUCCUAGCAGUGAUUGCUGCAUUCUUAUUUCGUGCAGUGUAA